UGGACACCCGUUUUUUCCAGCCGAUCGAACCUGGAGACAUCGAGGACCAUGUCUUUGAGAUGUAUGUUGAACAGGCACCACCGGAGAGCGCAGGGCUGGGGUAUUUGGCGCGGACGGACGAGGUGCGGGUCGCGGUUGGAGACGACGAAUAUGUGGUCCAGCAGUCUGUUUCUGCUUUCAACGGUAGCAAUAGGGAUGGUACAACAGGGUUUUUGGCGUGGUCGACGUCGAUAAAGGUGGCUGAGUGGCUUCUGCAGCCGAACAACGCCGUCUUGGACGCAAUCAAGAAUUUUAGCAUAGUCGAGCUGGGGUCCGGCGUGUCGGGGCUGCUGGCAUGCUCGGUGGGCCGCAAAUGCCGUCAUUACGUGUGUACUGACCAGCAAGGCGUGAUGAAGCUGCUAAAGAGCAACAUAUGUCGCAACGGCGGCGUUUUCGAGUCGUCUACCAUUCCUACCGACAAUACUUGCAGAAGACACAACGUGCGGCGAAUCGACGCCAUGACGUUUGAUUGGGAGUCCUCGUCGACCGACGAGGUUCUAGCGCUUGUCAAAGGAUAUCCAGAUCUUAUCAUUACCUGUGAUACUAUAUACAAUCCGUACUUGAUACCGCAUCUGGUGCGGGCUGCCGAGAGGCUGGCGGGACCUCAAACAGGCAUUUUGGUCGCGGUGCAGCUGCGCGAAAGCAGUCUCUUGAACGAUUUCCUGGUCCACGCUGUAGCCCGGUUCUGCGUGUAUCGUGUACCGGGGGUUGGAGACGGCUAUGGAGUGUACUAUCUGGAAAAAUAACUUAGUGUGUCAGGAACCAUCUUCCUUUCUCCUUUCUUCUCUUGAGGAUCUUGCGUCCCGUGCGAGAGCAUGCCCUGGCAAGAAAGCCGAGCCGUCUUUUUCUCUUCAGCGUAUUUGGUUGGUAUGUGUUACCGAGGUUGCCUCCUCUAAAACCACCUCUAGUGGCCCAUCUUCUCUGGAGAAAACCGAACAGCGACGGGGCGCCGGCAGGCUGGCCAAGCGCAGCAGACGUCAGAGCGAGCGAGACCGGCCGCACAGGACGAGUGGCCGCGACGGAAAAAUGUC